UUGAAUGAUAAUAUGGAGUUAUAUGAUAUCCUUCUUUGUAUUGAAAAUAUUAAAUAUCCUCAUACUAGUGAUCACAUUCGUAAUACUGUUAUUUCUAAAAUUACAUCUAUAGGUUUAAACGAUAAAGUUAAAAUAGCAGUUACCAAUAGCAGUUUCAAUAUGGUAAAGGCAAUUCGUGAGUGGGAAGAUGUUGAACGUGUACCAUGCUCGGCACACACCCUUCAAUUAUAUGUAACCAAGGCUUUGUCUUCAGCCAACCAAGAUUUGUCUAAUCUGAAUUUAUCUGAACUGACCUCAGAUAAAGAAACAGAUGAAACAACAAUUCAUAUUCCUUUAAAAAUCUUAAGAACCAUUAAUGAAUGUAAUACUCGGUGGGAAAGUAAUAAUGAAGCAAAAAAAGAUUACAAAAUAUUAAAAAACCGGGUUUUGAAAUAUUGGGAAUGGGACUUGCUUGAUCAUCUAAUUAAGCUUUUUCAACCAAUUGAAGAAGCAACAGAAUGGCUUAGUGGUCAAAA